CAAAACUUGUAAACUUUAAGUCACUCAAACAGAAACCACAAGAGUCAGAUAUAACUGACAGUUUAUAGCUCCCAAAAGAAAAAGCUUCAAAACCCAGAAGACAUUCAAGUCCAGCGACCCUCUUAUUAAACUACUGUGAGUCUUGGAUUCACUGCAUUACUCAUCACAAGCCACACAAGCAAGCUCAUCAGGCAUCAUCAAGACCAAAGGUCCAAAGCCAUAGCUGAUCUCAAGGUUUGCUAGACUGGUAAUGAUGGCUGCUGUUCUGAUGAUGCUCAUCUUCUCUCUCACAUUCCUUUCUUCCAAUUCAGGUGAGCCAAUGUUGCCAAGAGAUGAGCAUGGUGAUCAUGAGCAGCAGUUGAAGAAUGAAAUGAAGAUGGCAUUAGGUUCGAGGCCGCCGCGGUGUGUUAACAAGUGCAUGAGUUGCAGGCCUUGUACAGCCACACUUGUGGUUCCUCCACACCACAAGAGGAACAAUCUCAAGGCCACACCAUUUCACUAUGAGGGAGAUGAGACCUAUUAUCUUCUCUCAUGGAAAUGCAGAUGCAGGAAUAAGCUGUUCCAACCAUGAAUGAUGAUUUUGGCUUCAAUUAUAGACCUAUGAUCAUGUGUGUUGCUAUAUUUGUAUGUACUUAUUGGUAGCAGCUAUGAGCGGAUAUCAUAUUAUAGAUCACCCCCCUUUACAUAGUUUGAAUCUAAAAAGUCAGUUCAUGGAUUUGUCUUCAUAAGUGAGAAUAAUGUGUCCCACCCAUGGAGAAACUCUCUCGGUUUGUAUUUACAGAAGGUUUUCUCUAUAUAUAUGGCUACUUUGCUGUUCCCUUGU